AUGGAGUCGCUGGUCAGUGGCCUGGCGUUUCUGCAUCAUUGCGGCCCCGAGGACGAGGUCUUCCAGAUGCCUCCGCCUAGCUUCCCUGGAGAGCCGGUGACGAAGGAGUUUGUGGAAUGGCCGAACCCUUUGUAUCCCUGCAUCAUCGUGAAUAUCGGCUCCGGUGUUUCCGUGCUCCGAGUGGACCAGGGAACGGAAGACGGCGCCAGCCCCUUCUUCACUCGCCUGGGUGGCACUGCGACGGGCGGCGCUGCAUUUCUUGGGCUCGUGAGGCUCUUGACCUCUGCCAAGACUUUUCACGAGUGCCUGGCCCUGGCACAGAAGGGCGAUUCCAGGAAUGUCAACAAGCUGGUCAGCGACAUCUAUGGCGAGGAAGGCUGCAGUAGUCUCGGACUCGCAGCUGGCUUGAACGCGGCCCAUUUCGCCAAAGUUACGAUGAAGGACUUCGACAACCCCUGCUACAAUGAGGCGGACGUGGCGGCUGCGGUGCUGAACAUGGUCGUGUCUGCCAGUACCGUCAUCGCCCGCGCGUUCUCGCGCUCGGUGGCCAGUACCGCUGCCUCCUCCAAACCGGUGGAGACGAAAAGCACCGAAGAGGAGAAGGAGGACCCGCGAGACGGCCGUAUUCGAAGAUUCCACUCCACAG